UGAAGAAGCAAUUAAAUCUUGAAGAAGGAAGCUAAUGAUCAAUGGCUAAGGUACCACACAUUCAAGAAUUUUCAAAGUUAGAAUCUGACACGAGAAAGAAGCUUGAUGGUUUUAUCAAGUUCAGCAAUGGAGAAAAAGAUGAUACGAAAGAAGAAAAUGUAGCCAAAAAAGACCUGAAAUCUUUAGAAUCUGACCUAAAGUUUGAUUUGCGAAAGAGUUUAGCAUGGGAUAGUGCCUUUUCCACAUGUUCUGGAUUUCUUGAAGCAGAGGAGUUGUUCCAUGCUUCAAAUUCAUGGGACAAUGAGAAUGAUUGUGACAUAUUGGUACCUGAGCAGGCUCAGCUUUUGUCAUGCAAUUAUUUGAAACCUGAAACUAAGAGCUUCACUGGUGUAUUCAAUUUAAGAAAGAGUUUGGAUUGGGAUAGUGCCUUUUUCACAAGUGAAGGAAUUUUGGAUCAUGCGGAGUUAUCUCGUUUAAACAAAGGGUUUAAGAAAUCUGAAAUAGAUAUUCUUCCUCCAAUACAAGAACUAAGGAUCUCAUCCGAGUCGAAUUGUACUAUUGAUAGUGAAGUAUCCUCAUUAGCAACUCUGGAGAUUUCUACCAAUCAGUUUGGAGAAGCAUCCAACACAGUUGCUUCAAGCUUCAGAAACAUUCAACAUUCAACAAAAAAGACGGAUGGAGAUUGUAUCCCCAAAUUGAAGGUAAAAUCCAUUUCAAAUUUGAGAAGGCCAAAUAUAAAUGGCAAUCAACCAGGGAGGAGUGCUAAGGAAUCAUCGAUUCGCCCAUCAUGUAAGUUUUCUGCUUCAAGUGGAAUAUCUGAUCUCUCAUCGUCUCUAAAGCCACCAAAGUUACCAAGAAGAGUUAGAAGAAAUGCCACAACAGCUCCCACCAAUAGAGUUCCUUUGUUUUCAAAUGAAAGCAAAACUGUCAAACCAAGUGGAAAAUGCUUGAUGGAGAAAUCUAACCUGUCCAAGACUUGCAGUGAUGAUAAUAGUAGUUGUACCACUCUCUCUUGGGAUUUUUCAUCAUUGAGCUCUAAGUCUUGUAUGAAUGGCUCCAAGGGAUUAAAUUCACCCUCCUACAAGCUUUCUCCCUGGCAAUCAUCUUCCAAGGUUUCAAAUCCUUGUAGUCUGGAAAAGGGAAGCAAUUCUGUUUCUUUUGAUUCUUCAAGAACUGCAAAGCCUUCUGGUCUCCGAAUGCCAUCACCUAAAAUUGGUUUUUUUGAUAUGGAUAAUUUCCCGGUGUCUAUAGAAAACACAGGUAAUAAGUCAAAUUCAAAAGCUCUUUCCAAGACUCAAAGUGGACAGAUUUUGAAGGAUGUAAGAAAUAUAAGGACUUGUGCUUGGAAUAAUAAGUCGACAAUCUCAAGGAACAUGAAGUUUGGCUCUCGGGCAGUUUCCAAUGUUGGUGAGGCCAAGGAUUGCAUGAGAAAUGAGAUGUGAGGGUGUAGACAAAUUUUUUGAUUGGAUUUGAGAAUAAAAUCAAACAAAAUGUUAAAAACUUUAUAUACGGGGUGCUGAAGUGAUAGAGUUUGUGGACAAAACAUUCUCAAACUGAAAAGUAGUAACCGUUCAUAUAUUUCAAG